GCACUGACGUUUACGGGCCGAUUGUUUACAGCCGCAGAAGCUGCAGACGGAAGGCAGGAAGAAAAGUCUGAUUGUCCGUGUUCUCGGUGCGUGCAAGGGCCGACCAAUUUUUUUUUGUGCAAAACCAAUCGUGUGAGAAGAGUCACUGGUGAACUGUAACAUAACCUACGGAGAAAAGUGUGUUUCCUUCACCGUCCGUUGUGCUCGUGUAAACGUUAGUGUGUACUGUCUUGUACUGAAUCGUGUAAUCGUAGUUGAAAAGCAGCGGGCAGUGUGCCACACUACCAAACGGGCACGUCCAGCUGCAGGUCCCCAAAGAGAAACACACACACUCACACACACGCAUAUCACAAGGGUUUUUUCUUCUUCGUCUCAUUGCAACGUGCGUGCCGUGUAUUGCCUUUCUCGCGCGCGCAUAUGUGUGUGUGUGUAUGUAUGUGGAGUGAGAAUUGUGUGCGUGUCUCAUUUAGUGCGCCACGGGAGAAGGUAUCGCGAAAAUCGAAGCAGCCGUCUCUAGGAAAAAGCCUCGUGUGUGUCGUGUUUUUUUACGGUGCAUUUCGCUAAACCGACGCGUACGUACGGAAAGUCCUGCCGAAGCUCCAUUUUGUAAAUUAGCACACCGCUCUCCUCGUUUCCCGUUGCGUGCACAUUCGGGGGAGCGUUACCUUUUUUUGGGUGGCUGGCCGUGGUGGUAGUGAUGAUAAGUGCCGUUCGGUUGUGUCCUCCGUAGCCGUUUUGCACACCUUUCGUUGCCUUCCAUCAUCAGUGACCGCGCGCGCGAGUGCUUUUGUGUUUCUGCGUGAGUGAGUGUGUGCGUGCGUGUCGAUUUCAUUCUAUUCCCCCCCUUACCCUACACCACCCGUGUUAGCGGGGUCGUCACCCUGCCAGCCUGUGUUGCCGAAUGAAGGGGCCAAACGGGGUAAGCGCCGCCGGCCCACUCCUACCAGUACCAUCGUCAUUCCCGUGCCGUGACGGUGUGCAACGCAUGUAGCGUGGCCAGGAGGAAGUGCAGGAAGCCGACGUAACGAAGAAGCUACCGCGUGUGUCCGCUCACACACACACACGGGCACGCCACACAUCGUUUCACCGUUCACCGCUCCCGUGAAGCGGAGCCAGCGCGGCUAGAACGAAGGGCCCGUGCUAAGCGAGGAGGAGCGGCGGGUGCAGUGUGGUAGAGAGUGAAGAGUGCGUGCACAAGACACGGCACCUUUGCUGGGGUGGGUGGGCUGGUGGACAAAUAAUGUCGGAUGUAAAACGCGUCACACUCACGACGAUCAGUGAUGUGGUGAAAAAGGGUGGCACCAGCCCGUUCGGUGCAUUGUCGUCGGCGUUUGAGUCGAGCACCGCGGCGGCAAUUCACCCAUUCGGCAGCAGCAAAGGAGGGGAGACCACAAGCAGUGGACCGAACGCCGGAAGUGGUGGUGGUGGUGGUGCGGCGACAGCAGCGAAGAAGCUCAAAACUGUCCGCCUCGAGCUGAACCUGUUCGAGCCGACCGCAGACAGUUUUCCCGAGUUUAACUUUUCCAAGCUGAUACACGUCGAGCAGAAACGGCUGAAGAAAGCACAGAAAAAGCAGCAGCACGACGAUGAAGCGAACGGGUUCCUCUCCGACCCGGAGCUGGACAACGACGUUGCCCGAAUGGCCCGGGAGCUGGAGCGAAAGUACGGCUCGGGUUCGGACUACGCAACCAAGGGCAAGGCAGCCCGUCCCUCCAAGCUGGACUACUACGAUCGUGGCGCCGGCUACGACGAGGAAGACUCGUUCAUCGAUAACUCCGAAGCGUACGACGAACUGAUCCCGCAAGAGAUAGAAACCGUCGGCGGUGGGUUUUACAUCAACUCGGGCCAGCUGGAAUUUAAGCAGCUGUCGAACUUCGAGCGCCCCGAAGAUGCGCACCGGAUGCCGAAGCCGAAAAAGCGCGCCCUCUCCACCACAUCCGAAAGCAGCGACGAGGAUGAACCGGCGGGAGAGAAAAAGAAUGCCCCGGUGGCGGAGAGUAGCGCCAGCGGUCUGUCUGGGCAGUCGAAGCAAACGGUGGACAAGCCCGCGGCCACGGCUGGCGUGCUGGAACCGGGUCGGACUCAACCUGAAGGAGUCGAAAAAGGCUCCGAUGCCGGCAAGUCCGGACCGGAACCGGAGGACAAAGCGCGCACGAACGGACACGUGGCCAAGAAGCAAAAGAUCGUAGAUAAUGGGCAGCUGGCGGCCGAGCAAAAGAACAAACCGUCCGCCAGCGAAGGAGGAGGUGGUGGCAAGGAGAAGGCGAAUGGUGUGAAGGAAAAGGUAGCGGUGGCGCCCGGCGGUGUGUCGUCCACCGUUGGGGGCGAGGAGGCCAGCAAAAAGGAUGAAAGCGGUAUGAAAUCGAUCAAGACGACCACCGUGAAGGAUAUGCUGCGGGCCAAGCGGGACAGCUUGCGCAAGAUGGAGCAGGAGAAGAAGGGACGCAGCAGUGGGUCGAGCCGCGUGUCCAGCUCGGAGGCGGAAGAGGACGGCGACGGUGGCGGGGACGACGAGGACGAGGACGAGGAGAAUGACGAGGAAGAUGACGAGGACGACGAGGAGGAUGAGGAGGAGGACGAUGAGUACGAUGAGGAGGGAAGCGAGAAAAAUUCGCCCGAGUCCGGUUCCGAGGUGGACAUUGCGUCGGAAAGCGAAAGCAGCCAUGGAAGUGAAAAGGACGCCAGGGCUGGGAAGUCGGGCGAGCCACUGCCAGUGGCGAAUGGAGCGCUGGACGGUGAACCGGCCAAGGAGCGCAAGCAAAAGGACCGCAAGCUUCCCGAGGACAUUCCCGACCAGCUGCGGCGCGAUGUGGAUGCGCUGAAGGAGCUAGCGCGCGGCCUGUCCGGUGCAGGAGGGAAGCUGAACUUGUUCGAGAGCAAAGUGGCGGACCUGCUGCUCCGCAUCGACGACGGGGCCCGCGCGUCCGGCAGCAGCACGCGCAAUGCGGUGUUCCGCCAUCUCGAGGCGCAGCUGUCGGUCAGCCGGCAGUCGCUACAGCUGAAGCUGAAGAAGAUACGCAUCCGGAAGCUGGAGGGCAGGACGAAAUCGCUGGCUGCGAAGCUGGAGGACGUGAUCGCCGAUACGAUGCCGGCGAUCGUCACCAAGUACGAGCUGGACUGUCUGAAGGUGAACGAGCUGCGGCUGGCGGCAGCGGCCCAAACCGUCACCAACAACCCACUGCCAAACGGGGAGAAGGGUGAUGCCCCACCCAACCCAGUCACGCAGCAGAUACGCAAUCCAAAGAAAAAGUACACCUGGAACGAGCGGUCGCGCGAUCUGCUCUGGGAGCUGUACAACGUGCGCCAGCAGCUGUUUGCCCUGGUGCGGCCGCGCAACCAGUCGGAGGACGAGGUGCUGGCGGAGUUUCUGCGCACGAAGGUGGUGCCGCUAUGGCCGAAAGGUUGGAUACGCUACGAAGACAUACAGAAGGAGCUGGACCGGCGGAAAAAGGCACUGGCGAAGGGUCAGGCUGCUGCUGCUGGUGGUGCGCCGCUUCCGACGGGGAAGAAAUCCACGCCGGUCGUUUCCCCGCUCGUGUCCCCCAGCACGACACCGUUCGAGUCGGCGGCACUGCCCCUGCCCACCGGCAGCACCCCGAACGGUGUGAAAGCACACGAUGCUGCCUGUCCACCCCGUUCGUCCACGCCGAUAAAGUCGUCGGGGAUCAUCGGUAAGGGUGGAGUGGACGGUGACAAGAGCGCCGCCACUGCCACACAUCACUCACUGUCGGCGGCCGCCAACAUGUCGCCCAACGCUGCCCACAAACGUACCUCGGACCAUAGCAUUAUCAACAUUAUGAACUCACCGCCACCACCGCCUGCGGCGGACAAGCAGUCCGCCGGCGAUCAGCGUCGCUCGUUCGACGCGAUGGACACGUCCGGUGCCCCGUUCGCCAAUCCGGACACCGGCGGGACGGUGGGAAGGGACAGCUUGAAACGAUCUCCUGCCACGCCGGCUGACAGAAGGAACCAGGAUCGGCAGCGGUGGAACAGCCGGGAGGACGACAGCGACAGCAGCAUCGAGAUUAUAGCGGAAUACAACGUUCCUAGGGCACCGGUCGGUGUUGGUGGUGGUGCGUUCCAGGCGGGGAAGCUGCCCGCUUCCGCGACGGUGCUGCAGAUGACGACGCCAACCCUUCCCGGUGCAUCGAAUCUGCCCGUGCUGAACAAGGAAAAGUAUAAAAACUUGAUCGCGGCCAAGCACAAAUCGUCGUCGCACGGUGGCAGUGGCAGCAGUGCGGGCUCUAGCCCGAUCGGCAUGGGUGGUGGUGUGAUUGGUUUUGCUGCACCUUCGGGCAAUGUGAGUGGUGGUGGUGGUGGUAUGCAUCUCCCCGAUAUGGCCGGUGGCACUGGUGCUGGGAGCGUCCGGCUAAAGGAUACACCGUCGCCCAUCGAUGUGGACGUCCAUCAGAUCAUGAAGGAUCUCAAAGAACUGCAGGAACUCCAAAAGCAACACAACACCAGCGGUAACCGGAAGCCGGAUAGUUCAGCGUUACAAUCACAACAGCAGCACGCCGCAACGGCGACCACUACCACCACCACAUCCAAUGCAGCAGCCCGCUCCACUACUGUUGCCGAUUACUUUAUCGACUGUGAUAUGGAUGAGGAAGAUAUACUGUUCGCCACCAACUUCACCUACGGUGGGGGUGCGCACAAGAACUGAAUAGCUGUCCCCAUGUGCAUGUGCUUAUAUAGUGUCGUAGUGUCAUCGUCCUUCCUACCCAUCCUGAAGCGUAUCUCGGAAGUGGUGUCCCAUUCGCCACAGUAUGUCGGUAUUGCGCAGUGGAGGUAAACUACGAAUGUAUGCCCGAUAAGAUGGUGUUUAGACAGGUUGUUCCAAUUAAUCGGUGUCUGGGAGUAAAUAGUCGAAUCGUGUAGAGACUGAUGGGUUUCCGUAGAAUAGUCUUUUGGUGUCUUUAAUCUGCUCUCUGGUGUCUCUGGGUUCAUACUGUACCAUUGAAUCAUACACCACCUGGCGCACUCUACACGCUAAUUGCACACACUUUCCCGCACGACUCAUUGCUCUAUGCUGAUGCUUUUGCAUGCUUCUUGUUAGUUUUAGUCGCUUAUGUAAUGAUUAUUGGUUUUAUUGGUGAAAUUCUAGUUCGCUACCCAAAACGUGUUUACUGAUUACCUGUGUUGUUUCUCAAAUCUUUUUGUUUUUUAUAGAUCGUUCGGAUAAGAAAAAAAUGGCAGCAUAAAAAAACCGCAUGCGGCGGGGUUCGUUACUCGCGCGAAUUCAAUGGAAAGAUUGCUUUCCUAAAAAGAUGACCUCUCUCCAAAAGGCAAACGAGGAAAGGGAUUCUCCCGCACGCUGCGCAUGAACGCGCCCGAGCGCAAAACGCCACUGCUGCGUGAAAUGUGGUUUGUCCGGUUGCGCUUUUGUGGCAAACGGCGUGCGCGUCUGCCCGUUAAUGUGUAGAAACCCCUCCCGGAGACUAAUUGGCAGUGUGUAUCGACACGGAACACCUUCUGGACACAGCAAUGCAUAUAAUUGAGCCGAGGGUUUAGUUUAGGGACGUGUGUGUGUUAGGCUAUAGCAGGCGGCUGUAUUUACCCGCACGCACUUCUUCUGUUGCUCACGAAAAAAAUGCCAGUGGAGAAGUGUAAGAAGUAGGUUAAACAAAGGGCUAAAACGAAAAGAAGGAUAUUGAUUCCCCGUGUGGUGGUGGUAGAUGGGUAGGUAGUUGUGGUGGUGGUGCGUUUAACGACAGAUCCCAUCAACCCGAUUCAACUCGCAGUACUCUACCAGAGAGAUCUAUGGGUGCAUUUUUGUUUCACACUCUGUUUUGUACAUUCGCGUGUUAGCUAGGCGACACUCAGUCACACAAACAGUAACUGCUGGGUGCCACACACCACUCGCGGGGGUUUAUUGUAGCAUAAAUAGAACGUUGAUUGUGUAUGAAUUGUAAAAAAACGAGAAGGGAAGAGCUAGAUGGACUGCAUACAAAGAUAGCCUAAAAGAGCGAUAAGAACGUAAGAUAAAUGAUCACUUUAAAUUGAAUACUUUUUAAUUCAACUUCCCACUUCUCACCCCCCCCCCCCCCUCCCCUCUCCUUCAUUACUGCCUAAUGCUGGUGUUACUUACGAAUGUUUUUGUUUGUUUAUCUCUUUAUGUUUUGCUCAUGUUAUGUAUAAAGAGUGUGCGUGUGUGCUUUUGUUUUGCUAUAGUAUUUAUCCCCAACAAGAGCCUGAUUUGAUUUUAAAACGUUUCUUUCUGUUUUCCGAUUUCCACUUCUACUGCUUACGUCCCUUCUUAAAAUGUAGGAUAUGUUUUUUUCUUCUUCCAAACACUCUGGGAACAUUUUUUGUGUAUAAUGUUUUAACUUUACCCAACAUCGUGCUGUGUUCUCUCUCUCCCGAUUGGCACGGAGAGGAUGGGGAGAGGAUCAUCCACCGUUACGUUUUAUAAUGAACUCUCCCAGAUCACAGGGUAAACGAGAAGGAAAGGGAAGGGGCAUGAUGGAAUCUGGCAAAUGAAUCUAAAAUUUCAGCCACACUGAUUCAACGGUUCUCCAUCUCAACACAGAGUUACAGAAACACACACACAAACAGUAAGAUGUAAUAAAAACGGAAAUUAGAUUUCUACACUGAA